GGAGAGUGGAGGAAUAUGCAAUGGACGUGACCCUAGAUCAAGACUCAGCCCAUCCGCGUCUGAUCAUCUCUGAGGAUGGUAAACAGGUGCACUGCAGUGACCGCUACCAGGUGGUGCCAGACACAACUGAACGGUUUGACCGUGUGGUGUGUGUACUUGGCCGCCAAGGUAUCAGCUCUGGCUGCCAUUACUGGGAGGUUGUGGUGGGUGAGAAGACGGACUGGGAUUUGGGCAUUGCUAGUCACUCCAUCAACAGGAAAGGAAAAAUAGCCGCAAACCCAGCUAAUGGAUUUUGGUUUCUAAGUCUACGUGACAAGCAUGAGUAUGUCUUUCGUACAGAACCAUCAAUGCCUAUAGUCGUACAAACAAAACCACAGUGUGUCGGCGUGUAUGUGGACUAUGAAAAAGGUCAAUUGUCCUUUUAUAAUGCAGAUACAAAGUCACUGAUAUUUACUUUCACAGACUCCUUUGCAGAGACUUUAUAUCCUUUUUUCAGCCCAUGCACCAACAAAUCUGGCAAAAAUGAGGCUCCCCUUAUCAUAUAUCCUGCCUAUCCAGCUAACCCAAGCUGGCUGACUGAAAAAUGAAAGAACAAAUAUAUUGCUCAUAGAGUUUGUUUACUUUAUUAUUUAAUUCAAAAUGAUGAAAAUUAAUAUGGUUUUCAUUUACAAUCCAUGUGAUCAUUUCAGUGGCUUAAUGAUUUUAUAUAUAUAUAUUCAACAAAACAUUAAACAGUUAAUCCUUAUAGAUUUUUUGAUAUACCUAAAACAAUAAUAAGACUUAUGAACCGCAAAUGAUUGCCAAGGCUUGAAAUUGAAAUUUGGGACACUGAAUACAACAUUGGAUGGUGAUGGAAAUCUGAUUGUAAAAUAACCCAUUAGUAUUUAGCUUGACCAAGCAUGUAUUAUACGCAAAAUGUAUAAUAUUCAAAUAUGUGUUUUGUACAUUAUAGUAAAGCAAAAAAUUAAUUAUACAAUAUAUAGGCGACUACAUCUCUUCUAUUUCUAUGUUGUCUUUACUCUCUGAAUCUCUAUAGUCCAUAUGGGAUUAUGGUCCUAACAAGACAAACCAAGAAUGUACAGUACAGCAAAUUAGGGAGUAACUGUGGCUUUAAGUUAUGCAAUUGUGACUAAUAAUAAAUGUGUGUGUGUGUG